AUGUCAGAGAGUAAGGGUAUUGAAUGCCAGGUCAAUGAAGUUGCAAGCAAUGAAAUAGUUGCUCAAUUUGAGGAUUCUUCCUCCACUGAUAUCACCUAUUCAUACAGUGACGCUGUAGAGGAGGAGAAAUCGUUGAAGGGGCUGCAAAACCCGUUUUUAAAUUCUGCUGUUGAAGUGCACUACAGAGAACUGUACGAGUCAACUCAUUAUGAAUGCCGAGAGAAAUUUGACCCCAGUUUCAAGUGGUCUGGUAAAGAGGAGAAAAGAGUGACAAGAAAAUUGGAAUUGCACGUAACUCUUCUUGCUUGUUUUAUGUUUGUCGCUUUACAAGUCGAUAGGGGUAAUUUAGCGCAGGCUGUUGCGGACAAUCUGCUUGACGAUUUGGGAAUGACUACCAGUAACUAUAAUGUUGGUAACACUAUAUUUUAUUUGACAUUUUUAUGUGCUGAAUUACCUUCACAACUAAUCUCGAAGAGGUUAGGUGCUGAUGUUUGGAUUCCAAUCCAGAUGACAUUAUGGUCUGUCGUGGCGAUUUUGCAAUGCAAAAUGACAGGGAAACAUUCCUUUUAUGCAUGCAGAGCUUUGCUAGGUCUCCUUGAGGGUGGAUUUAUACCAGAUUUGGUUCUUUGGAUGUCGUAUUUUUACACUGCAUCUGAAUUGUCUAUAAGAUUAUCUUUUUUUUGGACAACUUUGUCAUUGACACAAAUCGUAACAUCGAUUUUGGCUUAUGGAGUGCUGCAGAUGAGAGGUAUCUCUGGAAUGGCUGGUUGGCAAUGGCUCUUUCUCAUAGAGGGUCUAUUCACUUUGAUAAUUGGUGUAUCUGCUUUCUUCUUAAUGGUUCCUUCUGUUGUGCAAACCAAAAAACCAUGGAAUAAGAAAGGUUGGUUCACGGAAAGGGAGGAGAAGAUUAUUGUAAACAAAAUUCUGAGAGACGAUCCUACUAAAGGUGACAUGAAUAAUAGACAAGGAAUAACACCAAAAAUGCUGUGGCAGGCAAUUUCAGAUUAUUAUUUGUGGCCCAUCUACUUGAUUGGUCUCAUUGCAUAUAUUCCAAGUGGUGUCUUGACCGCAUAUUUAACGUUAGUUUUGAAAGAUAUUGGCUUCCAAACUUUUCAGGUCAAUCUACUUGCAAUCCCGAAUUAUGCCAUUCAUAUUGUUUUACUGCUGAUUGUAACUUGGUUAAGUGAGAGGAUGAACAACAGGCUUGGCGUCAGCUUGGUACAGCCGCUGUAUACAAUUCCAUUACUUGGCAUCUUGCGAUUCUGGAGUGGUACAAUGGUUAAUAAAUGGGGUACAUAUGUAGUUAUCACAUUGGCUUUGGGUAAUCCCUACAUUCAUGCCAUCUGCGUGUCUUUGUGCUCAAGAAAUUCACAGUCCAUCAAAACAAGAACGGUUUCUUCCUCAUUGUAUAAUAUGUUUGUUCAGGCAGGGUCCAUUAUUGCAUCUAACAUUUAUACAAGAAACGAUGCACCUCUUUAUCGAAAAGGAAACGCUGUUCUUUUUGGGUUAGCUAUUGCACUGCUUCCAAUAUUGAUUGGAAGCAAAUUGCUCUACAUUUUUAUAAAUAACAAGAGAGCUAAAAUAUGGAAUGCAAUGUCAGAGGGGGAGAAGGACUACUAUGUUAGUAAUACUGCAGACGUUGGCUCUCGUAGACUUGAUUUCAGAUUUGGUCAUUGA